AUGGAUGUUAGAAUCCCCGAUGAGGAGACUGUAGGCAGCGAUGGUGCUACUGAGGAGCUGGUUGGAGAAGGCAUUGAUGAAACUAAUUCUGGUGAUGAAGGACAAGACGACAUUGUUGAAGAAAUUGCAGACCAUGGAAAGCAUUUUAACACUAAAGUUUUGUUCGGAGGGGUUCUACAUGACACAGAGGAUUCCUCUAUCGAGGAUGAGCUUCUCCGUGUUUCGGCAUAUAUAACAGAUACUGAAAGAGAUUCCUUUAUCUUGCAUGUUCCUGGGAGAAGUAAGAAAGGUAUUGAUACAAGAAAGAACACAGUAUCCAAGGAACAAGUCUCCGCUCAAGGAAUUUCAGAUCUGAUGCCACCAGAGGUUGCUGAGGCUCUCUGGGGUCUCGAGAAAGCUCCUUUGAAGGUAUCAAGAAAUGUGCGAGAGAUUGUCAAGCUUGCUAUAAAUCAGGCACAAAGAGGAAACCGGCUCUUUGAGUAUACAUCAUUUAAUAGAAUCGUAUCUCCUGAAAGCGACCUAGACCCUUUUGAGGGCCUAUAUGUGGGUGCGUUCGGACCUUAUGGGACAGAGGUAGUACAACUUAAGCGUAAGUAUGGUCGGUGGGAUGAUGCAGAGGGGAGUAACUCGUCAGAUACAGAGUUCUUUGAAUAUGUCGAGGCUGUGAAGUUGACAGGGGAUCCAAAUGUGCCGGCUGGCCAGGUGACAUUUCGUGCAAAGAUUGGGAAAGGGAGUCGCAUGAGAGAUCAUACAAUGUACCCAGAGGAAAUGGGAGUGGAGAAGGAAGGAUCGCAGACUUUGGGGUUUAAAAACCCAAAAUGGGUCGGAGGGCAGCUUUUAAAACUCAAUGGAAAGGGAAUGGGACCAUAUGUGACGGGUGUGGAUCUUGGAUUUAUAUAUUUUGGCCCUGAGAAGAGUUUCUUGGUCAUUUCCAACCGUCUGAGACUGCCUGAGUGA